GAAGUCGACCCCCAAGCGGGAGGGAGCGAUGGGGGCGGUGCCGCGGGGCUCCUGAGUGGCGGACGUAAGGGAUGGGGCGGGGCCAGUGCCGGCGUGCCGCUUUCUGAUUGGCCGGCUUCUGGACCCGGCCCAGAGAGGCGGGCAAGGCGCUGUUAAAAGAUCUCGGCUCCGCGCUGUCGAGGUCAGAGGCUUGAGUCUAGAAAGUAGAGUGUAUGAUGUUGAAGAUGAGCGGGUGGCAGCGACAGAGCCAAAGUCAGAGCCGGAGCCUGAGGAGAGAGUGUUCCAGAAGGAAGUGUAUCUUCAUACAUCACCACACCUGAAAGCAGAGCCUGAUCCAGCUACAGAGAUGGCAGCUGAGUCACUGCCUUUCUCCUUCGGGACACUGUCCAGCUGGGAGCUGGAGGCCUGGUAUGAG